CGCACUGCCUCCGCCAGAGCCAGAAGUCUGUCAGCAGAGCUCCGCCAUCUGAAGUUUCUCACUGCCUUUGCUUGGGAAUUUCAUUUCGGAGAUAAACGGGAGCGGGAAUAUCCUAUAGAGGAGCGUUGCUUUAGUAAGGCAGACGUUUCAAUUUUGCGUCCUUUGCGAUAGUAGAACACCAGCAAUUGGAAAUAUGCGCCUGUCCACACGAAACCGCCACGAAUAAACGGUUCCUACGGAAACCUGGGGUUUAGUUACCCUGCUGAAGGGAAUAGAGAGCUUUUCCCUCUUUAUAUGAGGCUUUGGAUUAUUUAGACGGGAAAAAUAAUCAUGGUCCGACAAACGCUGGAUACAAUUUGGGAUUUUUAAGGUCACAGAGCGUUUAGAGCAGCAUCGGUAUUUUAGGAGGACUAAGCGGAAUACAGUCAUUUGGAGGGAACAUAUGACAGCACGAACGGCACCCUUUUACGCACGCGGACUCUCUAUCAGAAACAGAAACAUGUAUAUCUAUAUCUACGGCUUUCUGCUCUUUUUAGAUGAGCUUGUGUUCUCCAUGUCGGGCUCUUCCUCUCUCUCUGAGUCUGGGCACCAAGACUCAAUGGACUGUUUAAGAGCCACCGAGAAUUGUAACCAGGACCAAAAGUGCAGCCAUCGCUUCAGGAUCAUGAGGCAGUGUCUGGCAGGCAAGGACAGGAACACCAUGUUGACCAAUAAGGAUUGCCAGGUAGCCCAGGAAGUGUUGAAGGAGAUGGCUCUGUUCGACUGCCGCUGCAAGAGGGGAAUGAAGAAAGAAAUGCAGUGUCUGCAGAGUUACUGGAGCAUCAACAAAGGCCAGACUGAAGGUAAGGGCUCUGUGGGAUUACGGAUCCAUGGAUAA